GACAUGCUCACUCACUUCCACUCUGUGAACGUAUUAGCAGUGUCUCUCUCUCGUGUCAUCCAGCUUCAUUCAUACUAGCUACCACUUCUUCUUAAGAGUGUCAUUGUCAAUAGCCUGGUGGCUCUCAGCACGUGUGGAACGGGCUCACCCCCCGUUGUGUAUCGUGGGGGGUACCCAGAUCCACACUGGAAGAGGCUCACAACAGAUUGCCCGCCGUCUGUUAGGUUGAUCAGCCCAUAGACAAGCUCAUCCUGCCUCAGUGUCGUUAGUGAAGCAGUAUUAUUUCCAGACAUGGAACCAGAAAGGUUAAUUCUCGCCAUUAUUUACUGACGGUUAUUGGGAAAGCACGCAUACCCUGUAUGGCGUGUUCAUGAUAUAUGGGAUAAUAAGCCCAUAGGGACGAUACUCGGGAUCCCGUCUGGACCAGUGCACCUUUACACUCUACGGGGGCAACUGGAGGUUCACACUUAACGGUUUGCCGCCGUGGUACUGAGGUCAGCUCUUUGCCUCCAUUCUGAGGCGCAACAGGCCGUAACGAAGGCUGAUACACAUUACCGUGGAGGUUACAAGAACCACAAGAGAACCGCUGGUAAAAUCUGCUGUAUAGAACUUUAAAGAAUCCACAAAAUUUUGUUGAAACCUACAAUCAUGAAGCUGGAAUGCAACUUCUUUGCGGGAUCAGCUCGCAUCUUGAAUGAGGAGACUGUCAUGGAUGUUGUGAAGGACCUAGCCCAAGAUCUAGGGCAAGAUGAACCGUUCUAUAUUUUAAAUGUUGGAGACAUUGUGCAGAAGAUCAAGAUUUGGAGAUUGAAGAUGCCACGUGUCAAGCCCUUCUACGCUGUCAAGUGCAAUGAUGAUCCGACUGUCUUGGAGAUUCUAGCAGCCUUAGGAACAGGAUUUGAUUGUGCAUCAAAGGCGGAGAUGCAGAAGGUGCUACAGAUGGGAGUAGAUCCUUCACGUAUCAUCUAUGCACACCCUUGUAAGCCUGCAUCCCACUUGCGUCAAGCAGCAAAGUUCAACAUCCCGCUAAUGACCUUUGACAAUGAGACAGAACUUCUUAAAGUGAAGACUUACUACCCUGAAGCUCAGCUUGUUCUGCGUUUCCGCUAUGAUGCAAAUGAUGCACAGUGCCCCCUGGGAAUCAAGUUUGGGGUGCUUCCACAAGAUGCUGGACCCCUCCUGGCCACAGCUCGAUCAUUGGACCUCAACAUUGUGGGAGUUUCUUUCCAUGUUGGCUCUGGUUGUCGUGAACCUGCUGUCUACUAUCGUGCUAUUGCAGCUGCUAAACAGUUGUUUGAUGAGGCUGAGGCUCUAGGAUUUACCCCAAAUCUGUUAGACAUCGGUGGAGGUUUCCCUGGCUGUCGCAACUCUCCCCUGGAUGAAGUGGCUGACCAUGUUAACAAGGCACUGGAUGAGUUUUUCCCUGAAGAUACUGGAGUUAAGGUUAUUGCAGAACCUGGUCGCUAUGUAGUGGCCUCUGCCUUUACCUUGGCUACCAGCAUCUUGGCAAAGCGAGAAGUUUGUGACAACAAUGGAACUAUCACAUCAGUUAUGUACUACAUCAAUGAUGGUGUUUAUGGAUCCUUCAACUGCACCAUUUAUGAUCAUCAGACUGUUCAUCCAAUUUUGCUUGAGGAACCUGCUAAAGAUGAACCCUACAUGCCAUGCUCUAUCUGGGGACCAACAUGUGAUGGCCUAGAUCAGGUAAUCUCUGAAAUAAGGCUGCCAAGGCUUUCUUGUGGAGAUUGGCUAAUCUGGCCAGAGAUGGGGGCUUACACCCUUGCUGCCGCUGGAACUUUUAAUGGCUUCCCACUACCCAAAGUGCAUGUUGUGGUUCCACAUCACACCUGGCUGUACUUGGAAGAGCAUCUGGGUUCCACCGUGAACUUCAAUUCAGUUGGUGGAGCAUCAUUUUUGGGAGGCUGCUCAGGCACCAACUUACCAGUGGCAGAGGACUCUGUAUCAUCCACCAACUCUGCCUACUGCUCCUGUGCUGCCACCUUUGACAACAUCAACUUGGAGGAACAGUUGGCUCAACUGACAGUCAUUGAUGUUGGAGAAAUGUAAACAACUUGCCAAUUAUUUUAAAUAUAUCUUUCAGUAGAGAAGAUUGCAGCAAAGGAAAGUAUAAUGGCAAGGUUGCAGUACAGUUAAUGAUUUACAUCAAGCAUUGGAAUUUUGUUACAGUUGGUAAUUAUUUAAAUUGCAAAGGAUAUUCUUCAAUGAUUAAGAGUAUUUAGGAGGAAUAUACCUGAAUGUCUCUCCUUAUUCAAUGCCUUUAAAUAUUUGUCUUAUUGUUUCAAGUUAAUCAGUAUCUUAAUUGGUUUUAUUACAUUGAAGUAAAAGCAGACUGUUUGGUUGCUUAGAAACAAAUGUUAUUGGAAUGUUUUCAUCUUUGAGUAAAUUUAACAGCAGCAUUUUUGAAGGGUUAAUACUGUCAAUUAUUUGAAGCAUCAUUUCACAAACAGUGAAGUUGUCAGGCAAUGAUGUUAAUAAAGAACACUGAAAACUUUCCAUCUUCAGCGAAUGUGACUGAUAAUUUUUAUCAGGAAAACAGACACUCAUUUGAGUUAAUGAAGGUUAAUUCAUUUCUUUGUUUGUGAAUUUUAAUGAGUUAAAAUGUUUGGAGUAAGUUAUGCAUUUUUUGAAAAUUUAUUUAAAGAUUCUUAUGUGUGGAGAAAGUCAUGCAUGUGUCUUGUGCUUUAAAUGCCAGAAAAGUUGGUAUGAUAGCAAUUUGUGACUGCUUACCUCCCAUUCAUAGUAGAUAGUAUUUUAAUGUGUAAUCCGUAUUUUAUGGGAAUAGUAAUUCAGUAUUGACUUGUUUAUCAGCUUGCCAGUUCAGACAACACACAGUAGUAGAAUUACAUGUUAUUGCAGUUACAGUAUUAAUCUUUCCAUUUGGCUCUUACUCCAGCAUUAUGACAUUCCAAGUUCUCCUGUGGAACUUGUAACCCCAUGGCAAUGUGUAUCUUGGCCAAGCUUACGGUACUGUUCAUCAGUACUACCUUAUGUGAAUUGGCUAAUUAAAUAUAUCUGUAUUGAAAUUU